AUGAACGACCCGUGCGCGCCGUACUACGAUGAAGACACCGGCCUGUAUCACAUGUUCUACCAGUCGAACCCGAAUUCAACGAUCUGGGGCAACAUGACGUGGGGUCACGCCGUGUCGAAGGACCAGGUGACCUGGAAGGACUACCCGGAUGCGCUGCUGCCAUUCCAUGACAAGUGGGACAACCUUGGAGUGUUUUCCGGUUUUGCAAUGAACAAUGCUAUCGACGGCAAGCACACCGUGUUCUACACGGGUGUCACCGCUCUCCCCAUUUCAUGGAAGAAGGAGUAUCUCUUUGGUGAGCACGUGAUGUACGCCACCACCAGCAACGGUGGCUCAACGUGGCACAAGGGUACCAAGCCGCUCAUUAAGCAGCCACCCAAGGGUAUGAACGUGACCGGGUGGCGCGACCCGAUGCCGUUCCACUCACAGUCGCUGGACAAGCAUUUUGGCUUCGACGCCACCACCGGAAGCAACUACCUGUUGGUGGCCGGUGGUAUUCACAACGAGGGUCCACGUAUCUUCCUCUACCACUCCGAAGACUACUUGAACUGGGAGUACAAGGGCUUCCUACUCGCCCAGGAGAAGAACACUAAGUUCUCUCGCUACAGCGCCAACUGGGGCUAUAACUUUGAGACGACCAUCUACCGCGAGAUGAAGGAUGAGGACGGUGAGUUACACAAUGUGAUGCUGUUCGCCGCGGAGGGUGAUCCGAACCGGUACCCGAUGUGGGCCACUGGUACCUUUGGUGCUGCCGGCAGCGACAGUGCCAGCUCGGACUCGGACGAGGGUCUGUUUACUCCCCUCAUGGUCGGCGUAUCGGACCGCAGCGACUGGUACGCUAACAGCAUCUACACGGACAAGCACGGCAAGGACGUGAUGAUUGGUUGGAUCACUGAGGACAACAACUUCGUCUACACGGACAAGCACGGCAAGGACGUGAUGAUUGGUUGGAUCACUGAGGACAACAACUUCGCCGAAGGACAGCCCCAGGGCUGGGAUGGUGUCUUGUCGGUGCCGCGUGAGGUUGGUAUCACCAUUGUACGUGACAUCUACGACGCCGACGACCACCUGGUCGGCCAGGGCGACUGGAUCGUGUCCGACACUAAGAAUGUUUCGCUGGCUGACGGCUCGACGUUGCCGAGCAAGGACGCCGACGACCACCUGGUCGGCCAGGGCGACUGGAUCGUGUCCGACACUAAGAAUGUUUCGCUGGCUGACGGCUCGACGUUGCCGAGCAAGACCAUCAAGACGCUGAAGGUGCGUCCGCUGAGCGACCUGAAGCUGCUGCGCAACCCUAAGACUUUGGAGGUAGUCUCGACUGUGAAGUUGAACGGAAGAUCGAAGGCGCUGAAGUCCAAGGGCAAGUCGUUCGAGAUGGUUGCCCAGGUAGCAAACUUCGAGCGCGGCACCCAAGUGGGCUUCACUGUGCGUCACAGCAAAACCAGCGGUGAGGCUACGACAAUUGUGUACGACGACAAGAAGAAGAUGGUGAUCAUCGACCGCACCAAAAGUUCGAACGCUAAGUGCGAUGUGUUCAUGGACAACGAUGUGACUCCUGUUGAUGACCCGGUGUGGGGCCACUUCUACCUUUACGAUGUCUUCGAGUCUCUUGCUGACCAGGACACUGCUUCGGACUCGGAUGCUUCCUCAGUCACUGGAUCCGAUGAGGACGUUGAUGAUGACUCGGAUUCGUUGGCGGAUUCGGACUCGGAAGCGGACGAUUCGGAGGCGGAUGAGGGCACGUACAAGGUUACACGCGAGAAUCUCAACUUCCGCCUCUUUGUGGAUGUGUCUACUGUCGAGGUAUUCGUGAACAACCGCUUCGCUCUGUCUGCUCGUAUCUACCCGUGCGGUGAGGACUCGGAUGGCAUCUCGCUGACGGCAUCGGGUAAGACCACAUUCGAGAAGCUCCACAAGAAGACGAGGAACAUUGCGAACACAGCUUAG